GCCAUUGAUUUGAUUGCAUCCGCGGAGUCGCUCUUUCUCAGGUCACCUUUCUGUUUCAUUAUGACAUCGGUUUCGCCUACAUACAAGUAGUGGUAUGUAUGUGCACAUGAUUUGAGUUUGAAUGGAUUGAAUCCGUUUUAUAAGAUGAUGAUAUCACUUGAGUGUGUCUCCAUGCCUGCCGACCACCUACCGAUUCGGCGACAGAUGACUCUGACAGGCAGGGUGUUGUAGCUAACUUGCCACUGCUGAUCGGAGAUAACUCAGUUGAUAUGGCAGUGUGCUGUGAAACAUAGAUAAAAUGGACAUAACCGUCAAAACUCAAUAAUACCACCGGAACCGCCUAAUUUUGAGGACACUUCAAGUUUUGUUCAAGGACAGUGUGAAUAAUGCUGCUUACCAAAGAAAAUCUUCAAGUGGACAUCAACAAAUUGCCUUUUAAAGGAACGCAUCUUUCCAUUACAUGAUCAGUUAACCUUAUUCACAUCUGCAUUAUACGUUGAUUUUUCUUUCUUUACUGGAUUGCUUGCCAGCAACAGACGAUGCGACUUUUAUUUGAUAUAUCGAGAUGCACCAGUGGGGUGCAUUUACUGAAACGCACAAUCAACCACUCCAGUGUACAUAGAUGUUUAUUGUUAGACCACAGGAAGAGUCAUGCUGCUGGACUACAUGUUUGGAGCAAUGGGACUGGAAAACCAUCACCAGAGAAUGUGACUCAUCGGGGUCACCGCCGUAGCACUGUAUCAGUACUGCCAUAUAGCGCACUUGGGGUUCUCUUUCGAGAUUGCAUGCGAUCGCAACUGUUGCUUGAAAAGCCAUGGACGGCAGGGCACACAUCAGUGGUGUUCAAGAGCUCUUCGGCUGCCUCCUCAAAAGAAACCACAAUAAAAACACCAGUGGAGAGUGGCAGUGGCCAACCUCCGACAACCCUUCCCUUGGAUGACGUGAAAAGGAUUCUGAAACUCGCUUAUCCUGAGAGACUGAGAUUGUCGGCCGCAAUAGGCUUCCUGACCGUAUCCAGUGCAGUGACGAUGUCCGCCCCGUUCUUCUUGGGCCGGGUCAUCGACACCAUUUACACCACUGGCUCCGACACGGAGACCAUGGCAGUGUCCCUGACCUCGCUAUGCGCGGUGCUGACUGGAGUGUUCCUCUGCGGCGGAGCAGCCAACGCUGCCAGAGUUUACCUCAUGCAGAUCUCAGGACAACAGAUCGUCCGGAACCUCCGCACUGCUCUGUUCUCCUCCAUCCUCAGGCAGGAAGUGGCGUUCUUUGACCGCUCCCGCACCGGCGAGCUUAUCAACCGCCUGUCGUCCGACACUACGAUGGUCGGCCACUCCAUCACCGACAACCUAUCGGAUGGACUGAGGGCUGUUGCCCAGGCAGCGGCUGGGGUCAGCAUGAUGUUCUACAUCUCCCCCAGUCUAGCGGGCUUUGUUCUGAUGGUGGUUCCUCCCAUGGUUCUGCUGGCUUUGGUCUAUGGCCGAUACCUACGUGCCAUCUCCAAGCGCACCCAGGAUGCUCUGGCAGAGGCCACACAGUUGGCAGAGGAGCGUAUCAGCAACGUGCGCACGGUCCGGGCGUUUGGUAAAGAGCUCUCUGAAGUCAGGAGCUACACCGAGAAGACUGACUUCGUUCUCAGCCUGGCCAAGAAGGAGGCUGUACUGAGAGCUGGCUUCUUUGGAAUAACAGGUCUGAGUGGCAAUCUGAUGAUCCUCGCCGUGCUCUACAAAGGAGGCCUGCUUAUGGCCAAUCAGCACAUGACCAUGGGGGAGCUUUCCUCCUUCCUGAUGUACGCCUUCUGGGUCGGCAUCAGCAUCGCAGGUAUGAGUUCCUUCUACUCUGAGCUGAUGAAGGGCCUGGGAGCUGGCACAAGGCUCUGGGAGCUUCUGGACAGGAAGCCAGAGUUCUCAAUAGAUGAGGGCUCGGUGAUCCCAGCAGACCAGCUCAAGGGCCGGCUGGAGUUCAGUGAUGUCACCUUCUCCUACCCCACCCGCAAGGAGGCCCCUAUCUUCAGUGACCUCAGCCUGCUGGUACCGGCCGGGUCCGUCAUGGCAGUGGUGGGAUCCAGCGGCUCCGGGAAGUCCACCCUGGUGUCUCUGUUGCUCCGUCUCUACGACCCAGACGCAGGGACCAUCACGAUAGACGGGCGGGCCCUGAGGGAUCUGAAUCCUCAUUGGCUGAGGAGUCAGAUUGGAACCGUCAGUCAGGAGCCAGUGUUGUUCUCUUGCUCCAUCAGGGACAACAUAACGUACGGGGCGGUGGAGCCGGCCUCCGUGACCGCGGAGGAGGUGUACAGAGCAGCCAGGAUGGCCAACGCACACGGCUUCAUCCAGGACUUCCCCCAGGGCUUUGACACCGUGGUGGGGGAGAAGGGGGUGCUGCUGUCAGGUGGUCAAAAACAGAGGAUCGCUAUCGCCCGGGCUCUGCUCAAGAACCCAAAGAUCCUACUUUUGGAUGAGGCCACCAGUGCGUUGGAUGCAGAGAAUGAGUUCCUCGUUCAGGAGGCCUUGGAGCGUCUGAUGGAAGGCCGGACGGUGGUGAUCAUCGCUCACCGUCUGUCCACCAUCCAGAACGCGGACGCGGUCGCCGUGCUGGACUCACAGCGCGUGGUAGAGUGCGGCCGACGCGCAGACCUGCUCGCCGACAGACACGGACUGUUCCGGAAACUCAUGGAUAAACAGGCCUUUCUGCACGAGGUGCAGAGGGAGGCCCUACACUGAGACACUGAGACACAAGAGAGCAGGGGGUAGAAAAAGUGUUGUGUUGUUAAGAAGGAAACGCAGUGUUGCGUCCAGGCGGCCAUUUGUGGGGGAAAAAAAGGGAGUGAGAUUUGUCAAACAAAAAAGAGAUGGGUUGGAAUUAAAAACAAAGGAUGUAGGUAUUGUUGGGAAGCUGUGGUGAACAGGCGUUUUAUUACACAGAAUUAAUGGAGUAAGACCACUUCCUGCUGAUUAAGAGCUCUCUGUUUCUCGGAAGAUGAAACCAAAAUCGCAUAUUUAAAGUUGGUUAAAAUGACGUAACCAAACUGUGAAGUGGAUGGCAAAGAGUAUUCAGGUCCUCUUUCCAAUCGUGAAUAACCUAGAUCUUUACUCACUCAUUACAUCAGCAUCACUAUCAGUUGGUGUAUCACCAUUUCGUUCUGAGCAAUGUUUUUUGUAUUGUGGCAGAAUCAGGGUUUACUGUUAGUAUCCAUUAUUCUGGAACCAGGCAGUACCACAGAACCUUUAUUUGUUUAUUUUGUGUUAUUUUUAUUUUUAUUUAAUGAAGAUUGUUAAUUCAAGCAAAGCACACAGUUUUUUCUUUAUUUUAAUUCAAACAUUACAUCUAGUUAACCAUGCCUUCUCAGGGGCAAGAGGGCAACGUUAAAAAAGGAAAUAGUUUUGUUAUUUUUCUAGGAUGGAUAAAAACUUCUUCUCACUUAUUUCCCUGUUUUCUCCAAUCAAAACAAGUGUGCUAUUUGAUUAUUAGUUUGACUGAAUUUGGUAUUCCAGUGAAGUUUAUUUCAUUCAAGUAAUGUAACGUGUAACACAAUGUUUUGCCUAAUUUUUUUACCUUUUUAAAAUUACUUUUUUAUGAAAAUCAUAAAGGAAUAAUUCUAAUAUAUAAAUGUAUACAACUAUAGAUGUGGAUAUAUUGGUCAAAUCUUCAUAGAAUAAAACCUAAAUCAUUGGUCGCAGACUA